UGAGACGUAUAACAUUUGACAUAAAUAACCGAUGCCGUUCUAAGCUCCGUCUCCUUUCGGAGAGAGCAGGACGUGGCUCUCGUUGGUCUAGAACUCCUGUUUCCAUAGCAACAGAGGUCCUGUAAGAGUCAAGGGAGGCAGGAAGUGUAGCUUGCAUUUCCGGUUUGCAUCGGAGCCGCCGGCAACCCGGAAGUUGACGUUGCGCGGUUGCACAUGGCCGCGCCCUGGGAGGAUGCCGCUGGUGGUGUUUUGCGGGCUGCCGUACAGCGGCAAGAGCCGGCGCGCGGAGGAGCUCCGCGUGGCACUGGCGGCCGAGGGCCGCGCGGUGUACGUGGUGGACGACGCGGAGGUGCUGGGCGCGGAGGACGCGACAGUGUACGGCGAUUCGGCCCGUGAGAAGGCCUUGCGUGGGGCCCUGCGAGCGGCCGUGGAGCGGCGUCUGAGUCGCCACGAAGUGGUCAUCCUCGACUCGCUUAAUUACAUCAAGGGCUUCCGCUACGAGCUGUACUGCCUAGCGCGGGCGGCGCGCACUCCGCUCUGCCUGGUCUACUGCGUAAGGCCAGGCGGUCUGAGCGGGGGACCGCGGGUGGCGGGCGCGGAUGAGAGUCCGAGCCGUAGUGUCAGUGUGAGUUGGAGGCCGCGAGCUGAGGAGGGAGGGAGACCUCUGGCGGCGGGCACCGGUGUCCUCGGGGAACCGCAGGCAGUGGACUCUGUAGUAAAUGGGAGAGCCCAGGCAGAAGUACCUAAGGAACUGGAGCGGGAGGAAACCAGGACGCCAGAUUCUCCAGUUCUUGUGACUUCGGAAUUCGAGAAAUCUGCGGAGCAUGUGUCAGGUGCCUUUUACCCUCCCGAACUUCUGGAGGCCCUAGCGCUGCGCUUCGAAGCUCCCGACUCUCGGAACCGCUGGGACCGGCCCUUGUUCACCUUGGUGGGCUUAGAGGAGCCGUUGCCUCUGUCAGAGAUCAGAGCUGCCUUGUUUGAGAACCAGGCUCCUCCACCCCAUCAGUCUACACAGUCCCAGCCACUUGCCUCCGGCACCUUUCUGCACCAAUUGGACCAGGUCACCAGCCAGGUGUUGGCAGGACUGAUGGAAGCUCAGAAGAGCGCAGUCCCUGGAGACUUGCUUAAGCUUUCUGGCACCACAGAGCAUCUGCGGUUUACCCGGCCUUUGACCAUGGCAGAACUGAGUCGCCUCCGUCGCCAGUUUAUUUCCUACACCAAAAUGCAUCCCAACAAUGAGAACCUGCCUCAACUGGCCAACAUGUUUCUGCAGUAUCUGAGUCAGAGCCUGCACUAACCAGAGCUGGUGGGGGAAAGUUAUGGCUCCUUGUCUAACCACUGCACUCUCUUUCUCUGGGAAGAGUAAUCUGAAGGUCUGCAGAAUAUAUUGACGCGUGGAAAUAGAGCUAUUGUGACUGAUUAACUCGUACGUUUCUGAAUGCCUCUGUGCCAGGCCUUGAGUUUACAGCAUAAAUUGAGACUAGAGAGAAUGGAGAACUAGCUUGGAGGAGCUUGGCAAGUUUCUGUAGAGGACAGAGCUCCGGUGGACAGGGUUUGCUUAGAUUGGGUUCUACUUGGGAUAUCACAUACCACUGAUUUCCCCCAUCUGAAUUGUGGGAAAGCAGACUGGAUGGAUGAAUUGUUUUAAAAUAAUUGUGAACAGAACUGAAGAUGACACAGUUUUGCAUCUGUACUGGCCCUUUUUUCAAACCACAGAUUUUUGAGUACUGUGCCUACUUUUUGCUAGUCUCUGUCCUGGGGCCUGGGAUCACAGAUAGAUCCACUGGUUUCUGUCCUUGGGAAGCUUUGAUUCUAAUGGUGAAAGACAAAACCACUAGAUUGUUUCAUUUAAUAAAAUCUUUCAGAUGAA